CUAGGGGAGGACUGACGAUUGACAAGGGGAGGGCUGACGAUUGACAAGGGGAGGAUAAAAGCUUAAUCGGGGUGAUGUUUGAUAAGGCGACAGCGGAUACUUGACCAAGGGAGGGGUGACGUUUGACCGAUGGAGGGGUGAUGACUGAGUAGGAGGAAGAACGGAGUUUCUGGGGACGAAUGAUAAUGUUCCUAAUAUGGAUGCUGGUUAGUGGGUUUCCCAACCCACUAACCAGCCCCUCCCCGUUUUUCAGGUAUCGUUUAGUAUAACAGUUCCGUUACAUUUUACAUUCAAGAACCUAGAAGCAAACACAACACAGUGCUAGUCGUUCAUUACAUCUCAGUUUUGUUAAUGGAACAUUCCGGAAUGUAAAACGAACUGAACUCUGCGCGAGUUGGCAGGAGAAGGGGUGUGUCAAAAGAGUAACUACGGGGUUGCUAUGUAACAGCAUCUAAAAUCAUAAUUCUCGCCAAAGGUCUGCAGCAAGUCACUGCCAACUUCCAGAGAACCACAACAACCACGGAACAAAUAACAACAUUUGUGAACUCUCUCUGUGCAUCAAUGGCACACAGGUUUCACAGGAUGGAAUACAACCACCACCUAUCAGAGGUUGGAUUAACAUUGAAGGGAUGCUUAGUGUUGGUGAUGGGAAGAAGGUACAAGUCAAUAGCAAGAGGACUGGCUGUAGGAACUCUGUUGACCAGUUACAUGCUGGUACUGUACUGCUUAUCCACCCCAGCAGUCAAACAAAAGUUUAGAGUGGCUCUGUCCUGUUCUAACCAAAGAUUGGUGCACAGUUCAACCCACACCUCUCAAAACAGAACCGGUCCGUCAGGGGAGUGUGAGCCUAAGGUGGACAUCAUGUUCAUGAAGACCCACAAAACAGCCAGCAGCACAUUACUCAAUAUCCUCUUCCGUUUCGGUGAUAAGCACAGAUUAGAGUUUGCUUUUCCUGAUGGUCGCAAUGACUUCUUCUACCCAUCCCCUUUCUUGUGCUCCCAGGUGAAAAACUACCAGCCUGGUGCAUGUUUUAACAUCUUAUGUAACCACAUGCGUUUUAAUGAGUAUGAGGUGGCAAAACUUCUCCCAGCAGAUGCUGCGUAUAUCACCAUUCUACGAGACCCCGCAGAGCUGUUUGAGUCAUCGUUCCAUUAUUUCCGCUGGGCGAUUCCCCUGACUUGGGGAAUUCGUGGAGAGACAAAAUUGACUGAAUUUUUGCGCGACCCUAGGAGCUAUUACUCCCCAGAGAGCUACAACUCAUUCUACCUCAAGAACCUUCUUUUCUUUGACUUUGGAUUAGACAACAACCUGGAGCCGGAGCACCCUCUGGUGGAGAGGGGCAUUCAGAGUCUGACCAACCGCUUCAACCUGGUCUUGAUGGCGGAGUAUUUUGAGGAGUCUCUCAUUUUGCUGAAAGACACACUCUGCUGGACAAUGGAGGAUCUGCUAUUCUUCAAGCUCAAUGCCCGCAAGCACUCAUCUGUGUCACGACUGACCCCUGAGUUGAGGGCCAAGGCCCUGGAGUGGAACGGCGCUGACUGGAGGCUCUACCAGCACUUCAACACCACGUUCUGGGCCAAGGUGGAGGUAUACGGCCGGACACGGAUGGAGCAGGAGGUGAGGGAGCUAAGGAAGAAGAAUGCAGAGAUGGCUGCCAUCUGCAUUGAGGGUGGGGUUGCUGUGGAUGCACGGAUGAUUUGGAACAGGGAUCUGGUUCCCUGGCAGCCAGUUGGGGAGAGUUCCAUUCUGGGCUACAACUUAAGGAAAAACAUUGACCCUAAAUAUAGGGAACUCUGUCGGAAAAUGCUUACACCUGAAAUACAGUACAUGUCAGAACUAGGGGUUAACUUGUGGCUUACACAACUAUGGGGCUGGGUAAAGGAUACUAUAUCCUAGAGGCAAAUGGGAACAACCUGGAUUAAAUCUGGGGAGCACAUCAAAAUAUAUGACUGACUAAUGCAGUGUUGUUUAAUGGAAUGCAUUCUUAAGAGAGAAAGAAAAGGUUAUUGCAGCCAUGAGCUGAUUACAGAAAUCCAAGAUGUUUAAUUUAUUCUGAGAGUUUUACAUAUUCAUUUUUUGUAAGUCAACACUAAGAGCUGGAAGCCAGCAUUAAAUCCUCUCACACUGAAAUUAUUUAGAAUAUUAAGGCAUAUAAAUGAGUGUUCAAAUUGUCAUUCACGGUUGUAAUGAAGGUCGAUGUUCAUUAAAACAGGGCAUGGUUCAAGUGCUUUGGUCAGAUAAUCCCUUAUUUUCACAGAGACAGUUACACAUUGAUCAGCAUUAUUUCCAAAAUGAGUCAUGCUUCCCCAAGUCACUGAGCCAGACAUUGUAGUAGCUAGCCUGCUGUGGUUAAUGAUGUUGAAAUUCAGUGCUUUUGCAAUACUGUAUUUUAUACCACUAAUGAGAGAAUGGACACAAAGCCCAUGGAACUGUCUAAUGAGGACACUGCUCAAUGUCAGACAGAUGUUCUGCACAUAUUGCAUUAUCUGCAACACACUGAGCAAGUGUUGAACCAGAGUAAUUGGAAGUCUCUAUUUAAUUACACAUUUAAAAUCUCACUGCAACUGUUGAUAGUGAAAGAACUGUUACUGAAAAUAAGGUAUACGAUUAACUGAUGGGAACAAUUCUGUUAGUGGUUUUUAGGUCUUCAUCAUUGGUGUUAUCAAAUGCUGUCCGAAGAUCAGUGAAUGUAUUGGCCACUAGGGGGCAAUAUAACACCUUCAUAAUUAUUCCCAUAAACACUAAAGAAUCUCUAUGAAACUGAAGACGUUUUGGCUUAUAGAAUGAAACAAUAUUCAUAUGUUUGUUAAACUACAAUGUAUGUUGUAGUUUUAUUGCUGGUCAACUUUGCUGGGACUGCUGGGAUUUAUAGAUUCUCAUAACACAGACCUGGUAAUAAUGAUGGCUGCACGGAUGUGCUUUAACGUAUUUAGCCAUGAAGCAGCUGUGUCUAAAUGACCAUGCAUUAUCCACUGUAGAAAUGUGAAUUAUGCAUUAAUUUGACACCAUCUGUCACUGCCAGGUAAUGAGCAUGAGGUAUAAUAAUAAAGUGGCCUGUUUUCCAACUGUAGCCGUACAACGCUCCUGCCAACUUCCUUUGUUUUUGAGUUAUAUCAGGCAGACAACUAAUGGAGGACAUGGAUCAAAAGACAGCCCUGGAAAGACCUUCCUGAUUUCUUACAUUCAUCAAUUAGACACACCACAUGAUUUGGAGCAAAUUAUCAAAUCUAAAAGGGGACAACCAAAUAAUGGAUUUUAUAUUUAUUAAGAUUGUUUGGUUUUAAAUGGGUCUCAUUUUCUGCUGGUAUUUGUGGUGUGUCAGGGACUUAUUUUUCCUAGAGGAAAUUUUCUGGUGUCCCUGCUUUUCAGGAAAUGACAACUCCCAUGUUUUCCCUGGAUGUCAUGACUUGUGGAAUCAUUUUCUUUUGUUUAAUAUACAGUUAAGCCCAAAAGUAUUCACACCCAUGUCAUAUUUUGAGCCAU